AAAAUGUUUGAACGAAUUGAAAGUAUUUGUGCUAAUAAUUCAAAAAUAUGGGAUCCAGAGAUCAGUUGGGAAACUCAAUCGCCGACAUUAAGCUCAUGUAUUAUCGAAACAUUUAUUGUAUGGAUUCCGGCAAUAUUUUUGUGGAUAUUUUUGCCGUAUUUAAUAAUAGACUGCAUUCGGUCAAAGAAACCACCGAUUAAUUGGAACGGAUAUAAUAUUUUGCGAUUAUUGGUGGCAAUCGUUUGGACAGUUAUAACAUUUAUUGAUUUUAUAUUAAGUUUGUGUCGUAAGUUUCAAUGGGCCGAUAAUCCCAGCACUUCAUAUAUUAUUGCAACAGCCAUACAAUUUAUAUCACGAUUGGCCAUAUGUUUUGUACUAUACGGACAUCGACGGGCCGGUGUCCACUGUAGCGGUAUUGUGUGGUUUUAUUUGUUUUUUGAUACUAUUUUGGGCGCCUUAUCGGUAGCCACUUAUGCGACACAAGACUAUCGACAAACACAUGAGUUUGCACUGUAUUGUACAGAGUUUUCAUUGACGACUCUCUUAUUAAUUAUCUGUUCAUUUGCCGACCGUUUACCACAAAACGAGUAUUUUAUUGAAGUCAAUGGCAAUGUCUGUCCCAAAGAAUACGUUUCAUUUCCAUCGAGACUAUCAUUUGAUUGGUUGACAUCAUUGAUAAUCAAAGGCUGGAGAAAUCCGUUGACUGUCCACGACUUAUGGGCCGUUCGUCGCGAGGAUUGUACUAAAAAUAUAUUUAAAUAUUUCAAUCAGUACUGGAAAAGUGAUAAAUACAGUGAUGAAGAACAUAAAGCAAUGGAAAAGUUAGAUAAAUCGUUAACAAAUGGGUUGGUAAAGGAAAGUAAUAAAAUUGGUGAAAAAGCAUCAAGCAACAUUGCCAUUGUAGUGGGAAAGGCGUUUUGGGCUUACUUUUUGCCCCCGUGUCUCAUAAGACUAUUCACCGAUUGCUUACAGUUAGCCAAUCCUAUGAUACUUAAAUUAUUAAUCAAUUUUACCUCAUCAACUGAGCCCAGUUGGCACGGAUACAUAUAUGCCCUGUUAUUUGUGUUCACAAAUGUCUUCAACAGUUUGGUCACUUCAUAUCAGUCGCAACGUAUGACUGUAUUGGGUAUGCGCAUAAAGACCUGUCUUAUAUCAGCCGUCUAUCGUAAAGCACUUGUAUUAAGCAAUUCGGCAAAAAAGGAGACGACAACCGGUGAGAUCGUCAACAUUAUGGCCGUUGACUGCCAACGAUUUUCAGAUCUGUUGCCUUGGCUUAGCUUCUUAUAUACGGCUCCCAUACAGAUGGGUAUAGCUGUGUAUCUUUUGUAUAAUGAGAUGGGAACUGCCGUUUUCGGUGGACUCGCACUUAUGAUACUAUUUUUACCGAUAAAUGGUGUGACGGCGGCCAAAGUAAAACAGUAUCAAAUGAAACAAAUGAAACUCAAAGACAAACGAUUGAAAACAAUGAAUGAGAUUCUUAGCGGUAUUAAAGUCUUAAAAUUGUAUGCUUGGGAAAAGGCAUUCACCCAAAUGAUACAACAUAUUAGGGAACAGGAGAUAAAAUUUUUGCGUCGUUCCGGUUGGAUAUUCACAAUAUUUAUAUGUAUCGCAUCGUGUACUCCACUGUUUGUUUCAUUGAUGACUUUCGGUCUAUACAUAGUCAUCAACGAUAGUGUAUUAGACGCCAGCAAAAUAUUUGUUUCAAUAUCACUGUUUAAUUUGCUAAGAAUACCACUCCUAAUGAUUCCCAAUAUGAUCAACGGUUUAGUUCUGACCAGUGUAUCAGUAAAACGUUUGAAUAAGUUUUUAGAUUUCCCUGAAUUGUCUGGUUAUGUAAAACGUUCGUACAGUUCAUCAGAGAUGGUUAGUAUAGAUAAUGGCCGGUUUACAUGGGAUACAGUCGAUGAUGUCCGCAAUGGAGCAGUUCCUACACUCGAUAACAUUAAUUUGCGAGUCAAUGACGGCAUGUUUGUUGCAAUAGUCGGUAGUGUCGGCUCCGGUAAAAGCUCAUUCCUAUCGGCACUGUUGGGUGAAAUGGAAUUAGUCUCCGGAAAUGUUAGCAUCAAAGGUGGUACCAAAAUAGCAUACGUUCCCCAACAGGCGUGGAUACAAAAUGCAACCGUAAAGGAAAAUAUAUUGUUUGGAAAACCAUUGGAUAAUAAACUUUACGAUCAAGUGAUCCGGAGUUGUGCUCUCAAACAGGAUUUGCAUCAAUUGUCUGCCGGAGACGCCACAGAAAUUGGAGAGAAAGGCAUUAAUUUAAGCGGAGGUCAAAAACAAAGAGUCAGUUUAGCCCGAGCUGUAUAUUCUGAUGUCGAUCUCUAUCUACUCGAUGAUCCGCUCAGCGCCGUUGACGCACAUGUGGGCAAACAUAUAAUGACUGAAGUUUUAGAUACAAAAACCGGUGUUUUGAAGAAUAAAACCAGAAUUCUGGUAACAAAUCAACUCUUUGUGUUACCGGAUGUCGAUUUGAUUGUUGUACUAAAAGAUGGGAAAAUUGGAUCAAUUGGUACUUACGAUAACUUACUUCAUGAGGACAAAGAUUUUGCAGAAUUAGUUAAAGAAUACUCUAUGAAUAAGACUGAAGAGGAAGUUGAAGACAAUGAAAAAGAGAAGUCCGUAGUUAAUAGGCGUAAGAAGACUACAACAAUCGUGAACAACGAUGCAAACGAUGACAAGAAAGAUAUGUCAAAACUGGUUGACUCUGAAAAGGCUGAAGUGGGAAGUGUUAAGAUUACGGUUUAUGCUAAAUAUGCCAAAUCUAUGUCUCUAUUCUGGACUUUUGUUAUACUGUUUUGCUAUAUCGUUACAAAUGGCUGUAGUUCUGGUUCUAGUUUCUGGUUAUCCAAAUGGGGCGAUCAUACCGGUGCCGAUCAAAAUGCCUAUUAUAUUGGCAUAUAUGCACUGAUUGGGUUUGUCCAGGCACUGACCGUAUCUCUUGGUUGGGUAGCCAUCGUAACCGGUACACUGUUGGCAUCCAAGACAUUACAUCAAAGAUUGAUGAAUGCUAUGAUGCACUCACCGAUGAGUUUCUUUGAUACCACACCUAUAGGACGUAUAGUCAACCGAUUUAGCAAAGAUAUAGACAUUUUGGACACUUUGAUGCAAAUGUCGUUGAGGAUAUUAUUAAACACCACUUUGUCAGUGUUGGCCACAAUCAUAAUCAUAACAAUAGAAACACCAUUGUUUAUAGCCGUAUUUGUUCCCAUAUUUAUUAUCUAUUAUCUCAUACAAAAAGUUUAUAUCAUAACUUCAAGACAACUAAAAAGAUUAGAGUCAAUUACUCGAUCGCCAAUAUAUACUCAUUUCAGCGAAACAAUUAAUGGUGUGUCCACUAUAAGAGCCUAUGCUUGUAGUGAUAGGUUUAUCAAAGAGUCAGACAAACGUGUGGACAACAACAUGAUGUGCUACUAUCCCAAUGCUAUUGCCAAUUGUUGGCUUCAGGUGCGGCUCGAGGUGUUAGCUAAUUGUCUGAUAUUUUUUGCCGCACUGUUUGCUGUGUUGGCCCGCAAUUCGGGUGACGGAAUGACAGCUGGAAGUGCUGGUCUCUCGAUAUCGUAUGCCAUGAAUAUUACAUUAGCUCUUAAUAUGUGUGUCCGUAUGUUUGCCGAAGUGGAAAAUAAUGUGGUGGCCGUCGAACGUAUUGAUGAAUAUAGUCAGGUGGACAGGGAGGCUGAUUGGCAAACACAAUGUAAGGUACCGGACAAUUGGCCUGAUAAAGGAAAGGUAACUUUUGAAGGAUAUGGCACUCGUUAUAGAGAGGGAUUGGAUUUGGUAUUAAAAGGAGUUGAUUUAAAUGUAAAACCGGGAGAAAAGAUUGGAAUCGUUGGCCGAACCGGUGCCGGGAAGUCAUCACUAACUUUGGCACUCUUUAGAAUUAUUGAGUCAGUGUUCGGUAAAAUAGUCAUCGAUGGUAUUGAUAUCAGUCAAAUGGGUCUCCAAGACUUGAGAUCACGUCUAACAAUCAUACCUCAGGAUCCGAUAUUAUUUUCGGGAACCAUUCGCUCUAAUUUAGAUCCGUUUGAAAAGUCUUCAGACAAUGACUUAUGGAAAGCAUUAGAGAACUCACAUCUCAAGUCAUUUGUCAAAUCACAAGACACAGAACUAGACUAUCGUGUGUCUGAAGGCGGAGAAAACCUGAGUGUUGGUCAGCGCCAACUCAUAUGUCUGGCUCGAGCUCUGCUCCGACACACGGCUGUACUUAUUCUCGAUGAGGCCACGGCUGCGGUAGACGUGGAGACCGACGCACUGAUACAACAAACUAUUAGACAUGAAUUCAAGUCAUGUACUGUCCUUACAAUAGCUCACAGAUUGAAUACAAUCAUGGAUUCAGACCGUGUGUUAGUUCUUCACGAGGGACGGGUGGCUGAGUUUGAUUCACCUAAUAAUCUACUGAAUGAUAAUCAAACAAUAUUUUACUCCCUCGCCAAAGAUGCCGGACUCGUUUGAAUCAUUACUUUACAUCAAUUAUCAUUAAA